CGUCACUAUAGAAAUGAUUACAUAUUAGAACAAGCGCGUUAAUAUAAACCUGUGAUGUGCAGCUGGGCUUCUGUCAGAGCUGCUGUUCUGGAAAAUUAAUCAACACCUUCUGACCAAUCACAAUCAUUGUCUUUUUCCUCGUCUUGUAUUAAUUCUUCGUUUAAUCUGAUGUAGCGUUAUUUAGUUAUGAAAUUAGAAGUUAUGUGGGACACUUAUAUAAGGAGUUUAUAUAAAGAGUGUGAGCUGUACACUAUUUAGGACACUUGUAUAGGGAAUAAAGAGCCAUUUGAGAUUUAGCAGAUGAAAUGAUAAAGAAGAGACUACUACUUUUCCUCUCUGAUGUGCUAAACUAAUUGGCUAAUUAAUCUUAGAAAGCAAACGCUAAGCAAAUGACUCUCAAAAUAUUGACCUACCUGCCGUUUGGGUUUUUUUCGCCCCGUGGAGUCAGUGUAACCUAUUUUAGGUGCGUCAAUUGACCAAACAUACGACCCACCUUCUGUUAGUUCCAGUAAAACAGGAAACUGUGGUUAGUAGCAGGGAAUAGUUGUGUAUUUUUCCACAUUUUCCCUAUCUCUGAGAAGAUUAUUGUGCAAUUUUCCAACACUAGUGGACUGUUUUUAAAGCUCAUGGCAUGACUUAUAAUCACUGCACUAUCAGAAUCUUUGCUACUUGGAAGAAGACUUUAAGCUCCUCCUCUUUACUACAGUGACGCAGGCCUACUGCAUUUUUUCUUUAAACUUUUUUCUCUAUAUUCAGAGCUGUAAAUAUCAUCUUUGUAAAUAAUCUUUCUUCAUGAAAUUUUAAAUAUGCAUUCUUAUUCCUAAUUAGAAGCUUAGUAUAGAGGAAUUUCUCACAAUGAUUUGAUUUUACGCUAUAAAGCGGCAUAAAAGUAUUUUUAUGGCAUUUUCCUGAUUAGACGAUGAAAAAACCCCGACAAUUUCUUUCUGUAAAAGUAUUUAUCCUAAAAGCGUUUUCAGUGAAAUAAACAUUUCAAUUCGUACUAAGUCGAAAUAUCAGAUUUCUGAAUAUGCAAAUGGAUGCAAAUCUGCCUAGCCGAACCUCAUUAACUAUUCGGAAUAAUUCAUUAGGUAGGCUAUGCUGCUCCUCAGUUGUCUCGUUCAAAAAGAUUUGAUCAUAAACUAGUAGAUUUGAUUACAAAUGUAAUUUUAAAAAGACAGAAUAGGUCUUUUUAAGACAUAGCGACCGAACAGGUGAAUGGGAGCCCCCCAUUAUAAAAUUCCGCCUUUAGAAAGUUAAAAUGUAUGCGCCUCAUCUCCAACCAAUGACGUGACACAACGCACCUGUCAUACGAACGUCAUCCAAUAAGAACGCGUCUUUGUUUUAGCGCCCGCCCACAUUGCGACCAAUCAAUUGAGCCGCGCGCAACAGAGUUCCCGCCUCGUUUCAACGUCGUGCCGCUUUCAUACUAACCGAGUCGCCUCCGAAAUAAAACGCUCCUUGAUGUAACACACGUUAUUUAUUUAUUUUUCUUCUAAUUUUAUAUUUGUAAACAUAUAUAUAUUUAAUUCCUAAAUAACAAUCCGGUUUUUUUUAAACGAAUAUUAAAAAUGAAUGCUUUUUGACGCAUCGUGUACCUGACAGGAGUGGACAGCGACGCUGGAAGUGUUAGCUUAGCUUAAAAAAAAAAACACGUCUCGAGCCCUUCUUUCUCUUCAGUGGUACUGGAGAGCGUUGACACCGUCUGUGCUCCUGAGGUCGCACUCGGAAUCCACAGACAUUUCCUGGCGUGAAUGUGACUGAAGAUGAGAGUAUGAGUUCAUGCGGCACAGACGUUAAAGAGAACCGCAACCUGGAUAACUUUUCAUCCAAGGCGGGGAUACAAACAGCCAAUAGGAAUGCGCCGUUGGGGUCGAGACGCAAGCGGCCGCUGGAGGAGGGGAACCGAGGCCACGCCCACUCCAAAUUCCGUCCCAAGAGGCGCAAGAAAGCGCCGGGGCCGACGUUGCAGAAGAACGCGCUCAUGCAGCUGAACGAGAUCAAACCGGGCCUCCAGUACAAACUCCUGUCCCAGACGGGGCCGGUGCAUGCGCCGGUCUUCGCCAUGAGCGUGGAGGUCAACGGGCAGCGCUUCGAAGGGACGGGACCCACGAAGAAGAAGGCCAAGCUGAGCGCAGCGGAAAAGGCGCUGCGCUCUUUCGUCCAGUUCCCCAACGCCUCCGAAGCUCACGUGGCCAUGGGCCGCACGUUUGGCAUCAACACCGACUUCACCUCGGACCAAGCCGAUUUCCCAGAUGCCCUCUUUAACGGAUUCGAGACGCCUCGCGAUGUGUCUAGCACCAACGGAACCCUACACCUUCGGCACGAGUGCCCGAUGCCCGUUUCAGCGACUCAGCCGGUCCUUGUGGGCCACGGGAAGAACGCGGUGAUGAUCCUGAACGAGUUGCGGCCAGGCCUCAGGUACGAGUUCGUGGCCGAGAGCGGAGAGAGCCACGCUAAGAACUUUGUGAUGGCUGUGACGGUGGACUCGCAGGUUUUUCAGGGAUCAGGCCGGAAUAAGAAGCUGGCAAAGGCGCGUGCGGCUCAGGCGGCGCUUUCAGGCCUCUUUAACAUGCAGCUGGACCAGACGCCGUCUAGACAGCCCAUACCGAGAGACGGUCUGCAGUUACACCUGCCACAGGUCCUGGCAGACGCCGUGUCUCAGCUGGUGGUGGAAAAGUUCGGCGAGCUGACGGACAACUUCAUAUCACCUCACGCACGACGGAAAGUCCUCGCCGGUGUUGUUAUGACAACAGGGACCGACGUGAAGGACGCACAGGUGAUCUGCGUUUCCACGGGAACCAAGUGCAUAAACGGCGAGUACAUGAGCGACCGAGGCCUGGCGUUAAACGACUGUCACGCUGAGAUCAUCGCACGCCGAUCGCUAAUCAGAUACCUGUACAGCCAGCUGGAGUACUUCCUCAGUAACAGUCCCGAGGAUCACGAGCGCUCCAUAUUCCGGCGGUGUGAACAGCACGGCUAUCAGUUGAAGGACGGGGUUCAGUUCCACCUGUACAUCAGCACCUCGCCGUGCGGAGACGCUCGGAUCUUCUCACCGCACGAAGCCGCUGUGGAGGAUCAGGGAGACAGACACCCGAACAGAAAAGCCCGAGGACAGCUGCGCACUAAGAUCGAGUCGGGUGAGGGAACCAUCCCGGUCCGCUCCAGCAACACUGUCCAGACAUGGGACGGAGUCCUGCAGGGGGAGAGGCUGCUCACCAUGUCCUGCAGCGAUAAGAUUGCCAGGUGGAAUGUAGUGGGUGUGCAGGGUUCUCUGAUGAGUUAUUUCUCAGGCCCUAUCUAUUUCUCGAGUAUAAUCCUGGGCAGUCUGUACCAUGCAGAUCACCUCAGCAGGGCCAUGUACCAGCGUGUCGCAGAUAUGGAGGAGUUACCACAACCCUUCACCCUCAACAGACCACUGCUCAGCGGAAUCAGUAACGCAGAGGCACGGCAGCCCGGUAAGGCUCCAAACUUCAGUGUGAACUGGACGGUGGGGGAUCAGGGGUUAGAGGUCAUCAACGCUACCACAGGGAAGGACGACCUCGGCCGACCAUCUCACCUCUGCAAACACGCCCUGUACAGCCGCUGGGUUCGUCUCCACGCCAAGCUCUCUCAGACUCUGAGGAUCCGAGUGGCUCGACCCGCUUUGUAUCACGAGGCCAAACAGGGUGCUGCAGAUUACCACUCAGCCAAGCAGACUCUGAUCCGAGCUUUCCAGAAUGCGGGCCUCGGCGCCUGGGUGAAAAAACCGAUUGAACAGGACCAGUUCUCCCUCACACAGUGACUGAGAUAGAGGGGGGAGGGGGGGCAUUGGGGGGAAUGAAAACGACAGCACACGUCUGUUUUUAACUGUUCAGCAUCUAACAGUUACCAUAGCAUCUCUCAGUUUUACCUCACUAACCUGUCCGUUUUUAUUCUGCGCUGCGUCUUGCCUUUGAUAUUUGUGUAACAGAAAUGUUAAAUCUCAUGUCAUUAUGUUAUAUAAGUGUUAUUUUAAAUGUGUAUAAGUUUGUAUAUGCUCAUGCUCUAUCAAACACCAGGAAUCAGUGAUUCGCCAGCUGGAUUUUUAUUAUUUAGCUUGUUAUGUUUUACAGUUUUAUAAUUUAUUUAGCUGAUGUCAAUGUUGCAUCCUAAUCACGCUUAAUUAAUUACGAGUUUCUCAAAUCCUCACUGCUGAAGAACAUCUGCCCCAAAAACAUUUCCCCUUCAGUAUGCUAAUAAAUGACUUUGAUACCACAGCACGGUUGAAUGCUCGAAUCUGAUUGGUCAGAAUGUGUGCAGUAUUUCUGUAUAACGCAGUUCCGGCUGUAACAGCUGUGACGGGUUUAUACACUAGAAAGCUAAAGUUCAUGGAUGAUGUUGGAGUGACAGAGUAUAUUAAAAAUGCUAAAAGCGUUAAACGAUAUUACACUGUUUUGUCUUUGAUUUUUUAUUAUAUUUUUUUUGUUAAAAUGUCCAACAA